AUGUCGAUGAACCAAGAAUCACUCACUAUCGAGGAGACCCUCAAGCUGAGAGAACAAUUGGGGCUCUCAACGGCUGCUCCUGCCGAAGGUUCAGGCGAAGAAGCACCGGUAGACAAGGAUGCUCUGGCAGAGGCGAACUAUGCUCAGAGAAGGGAGGAUAUGAGAAAGGAGAAGGAGGAAAAGGAUCUGAAGGAACGCAUUGAAAGGUCUCGCAAUCGAUCAGCACUCAAUGCGAAACUCAAGGGUAAAACUCUCGGAAUAUCCAACGAAGAUGAUAAGCUAGAUACGAAAUCAUGGAUCAAACAACAGAAGAAAAGAGAGAAAUUACGUGCGGCAGAAUUGGCAAGAAGAGCAAAAGAGAUGGAAGAAGCUGAUAAAGCAAUAUAUGAUGAACGUGAUUUGAGCGGGUUGAAAGUUGGCCACGAUGUAGAUGACUUUGAGGAAGGUGCAGAUGUCAUUUUGACUUUGAAAGAUAAUAGGAUCCUGGAAGGUGACGAGGACGAAUUGCAAAAUGUAAAUAUGGUUGAUGACGCAGCUAUCAAAGCUGCGAAAGAGAGAAAACGAAAGGCUGCCGAACAAUAUACGGGAUACGAUGAUGAAGAAUUUGAUGAGAACAGAAUCGGUAUCAAAGCGGAUAUCUUGGGUAAAUACGAUGAUGAGUUCUCUUCGGGCAAAGCCAAGUCAGAGGGUUUCCGACUGGGUGCGCCGAUCGAGAAGAAGAUGAAGAUUGUUGACGAAGAUGGCGAGAUGGGUAUGGCUCCCGCUACGAAAGUCAAAUUAAACUUGGAUUACACAAAGGAAUUCGAGGUAUCAGAUUAUGCGAAAGAGGGAGAAAAGGGAUUCAAGAAGCCAAAGAAAAAGAAGGCCAAGCGAUCAACUCGAAAGGCGGAGGCUGAUGGUGAAGAUGAGAAUGGUAUGGAAGUUGAUGGGGAACCAACUUUCCAGCGAAGAGUGGUAGAUCAAGGACCGGAUAACCUGGUGGACGAUGACGAUCUUCAAGCUGCAUUGGCUAGAUCAAGGAGAGAAAACGCAAAGAAGAAGCCUAAGAUCAAGCCUGAGGAUCUGGCUGCACAAAUCGCUCAGCAGAAACAGGAAGAGGAAGCUGCUCAACCUGCCGAUGGAGGCGACGGUGAUGAAGAUGGGAGAAUCACCUUUGACGAUACCUCUGAAUUCGUACGAAAUGUCACUUUGGAAUCGCUAGCUGCUCCAGUCAAGAAGGAAAGAGCUGCUACACCACCUUCAACCGCGACCGCCAAUCAACAACAACCUGUCGUAGUAAAGAUUGAACGACCAGAAGAAGGAGAGAUGGAUGAAGAUGAAGAUAUGUCUGAUGAAGAGGAUGAUGCGUUGGCUGAAAUGGCUGCUAGAGAGGGAUUAUCCUUGGACGAAUAUAGGCUGAAGAUCGAUAGUCAGAUGCAGGAGAUGGAAAAUAUCAAAAAGGAAGAAGCAGGAGUUCCUACCGAAUCUGAACCGGUCGUUGGCAACGGUGUAGCAGGAAUUUUAUCAAUGUUACGAAACCAAGGUGCUCUCAAGGCCGCCACAGACGAAGAGAAAGAAAGAGAACGAAUACAGAAAGAGAAAGAUCUAUGGUUGGCGGAUCACAGACGACGAGUCGCCCAGAGAGAAAUGGAAAGGAUCAUGUCGAGAGGUGGGAACAAAGAUCAAGCUCAACGUGAAUAUGAGAAUAGGAUGAGAGAACAACAAGAGGCUAGAGAUGCGUUGGAAAGCUAUAAGACGUAUAGACCGGAUAUCAAUAUUGUCUAUACGGAUGAAUUUGGAAGAAAAAUGACACCGAAAGAAGCUUGGAAAUCACUUUCACACAAAUUCCAUGGUAAAACCUCUGGUCGAAUGAAGACCGAAAAACGACUCAAGAAAAUUGCCGAAGAGCGUAAACAAGCUACGAUGGGCGCUACGGAUACUCCGUUAGGUAUGACCGAUGCGUUCACAAGGAGACAACAAAAGACGGGUGAAGCUCAUAUGGUAUUGAGUGUGGGUAAUAGACAGAGUGUACCUCAGAAUAAUAAGAAGAGGUAG